AUGAGCAGCGAGUCACAGAUUAGACCACGGACGAGUUAUUUCCACAGUGCGUCAGCUGAGCCCUUCAGUGGUAAGACCAUAUUGGAAUUACAAGAUGAGGUCGCAAAACAAUUUCCGAGAAGGGAUGCUCUUGUAUUCUGCGAGAGCGGAGUGCGAAUUUCUUUUAGACAAUAUAUAGAUGAUACAAAACAACUUGCAUGUGAUUUGGUUAAGCUUGGUCUGAAACCUGGUGAGCGAGUUUGUCUCUGGAUGGGUGAUGGUUACGAGUGGAUAGUGCUGAAUUCAGCUAUCAUCAGAGCCGGACUAAUAGCACUUGCGUUACCAGAAUUCCAGUCAACAGACGAUAUACGAUUUACACUAAAUCAUAUGGAGUGUUCUGCUUUAUUCGUCGGAUUUAGCCAAUACGACCAGUACGGUAUUUUAAAACAAGUUCUUCCUGAUAUAGAAUCAGACACAAUAACAUUGUCUAAUGUGCCAACAUUGCGGAACAUCGUAUCAUUCGAUGAGAAAUGUCCACUACUCGGGUGCAGCAUCGUUACGUCAGCGGCAGAACUACGUGGAAAUGGAGGAGCAGCCGAAAAUGUAUUCCUCGAAUAUUUGAAAAGAAAAAUUACUGCUGACGAUACUUACAUGAUAACCUUAACAUCUGGCAGUACUGGGUACCCCAAACCUGUUGUGCGUACACAUAGAGGCACUUUAGAAAACGUGUAUGCUACAAAAUGUCAUGCUACAUCAAAUGACCAAAAAGUGAUUAAAAUUCUAAAAUCAUCACCUCUUGCCUCAUCUACUGGCUCAUACGAAGCUAUGCUUUUAGCUUGGGGGGCAACGCUCGUUUCACCCAGACAGACUGAAGAUUUCACGGGCGCAUUGGAGGCUAUCGAAAACGAAGGAUGCAAUUUCGCGAUAAUAUUUCCCAGUAUUCUAUUCCAAAUUGUGAAUCAGAAAAAUAUAGAUAAUUUUGAUGUUUCGUCAAUGCAAAGAUGUUGGUGUGUUGGCAAUGUUUUCCCGAAACAUAGCAUGCUAAACAUUGUUAAAUUAUUUUGCCCUAAUGUUGUUAUAACAUAUGGUACACGAGAAACUCUGUGUAUCAGUAUUGGCGAAGUAGCCGAUACAUUAGAUGAUCGAAUCAGCGGAAAAAGCAAAGUACUUGGUCACUGUGAAGUGAAGGUUGUGGACACAUACCAGGGCGUUGUACCCGUUAAUACCAUCGGGGACAUAAUGGUGCGUGGACCGUAUCUUUUCCAGUGCUACUAUGGUGAUAAGGAAGCUACAGAUAAAGUUAAAGCAGAAAAUGGUUGGUAUAAAACUGGAGAUCGAGGAGAGAUGGACGAAAAUGGACGGUUGUUUAUAUUCGGGAGAGGGGAUGACAUGAUCAUCAAAGGAUCACAAAAUGUAUUCCCUGUGACAAUCACCAAUUAUCUUGGAGAUCAUCCGAAAUUGAAAGAUGCACAAGUCGUUCCCGUUCCCGAUGAAAAGUUUCUCAGUGAGAUGUGUCUUUGUGUUGUGCUUAAAGAAGGAGUCAUUUGUACGGAGGAUGAAUUGUUGGGAUACCUGUCGGGGAAAUUGUCGCCAUUUCAUAUGCCCCGCUAUGUUCUGUUUUUUGAAAAAUUUCCAUUUGUCGGUAUGAAAGUAAAUAGAAAGGUUAUUAUUAAAGAAGCUAUCUCCCGCCUUGGUUUGUCUAAAUAA